AUGUCUUCUGAAGUUGAGGACAUUCCUGAGCUCUGCUGGGAGGUCCUCCCAUGGGUCAGCAAUCAGGCAAUACUUCUCGGUCUCGAAACGCAGGAUAACAGAUUCGCUCAGCUGGGCUGUGAACUCUUCAUCUUGAACCAACAAAUCUCCUCUACAGGCCAGAGAGAGUUAAACCCGAAGCUGAUUAAAAUAGUAGAGCUUGUCAAUAAAGCUUGUUCUGUCCUGAGAGAGAACCACGUCAGAGAAAAUAGGCGGCUUGGUGCGCUUUGGAAUAUUUUGGAGUGCAAGAACUCAAACACGCCAGCUGAAAAAAUUCUUAUUCGCGACAUCCGACGCAGCCUACUACGAUUCGUUCAGCGGAACCCCGAAUAUUUUUCUCUCAUGCGUUUCAUCAGUGAUUAUGUGCGCGCAAUAGAUCCAGAGGAUGCUCAAUCUGAUGAGCAGAUGGGUCCAUCUAAUGAAGAUAUCAAGUAUCCAACCCAAGUCAGCAAUACUCUUUAUACUCAACUUCGGAUGUAUUCUAGCUGCUCAUGUAGCACGCAGCACCUGGAAUGCGCGCGGUUACGACUGGGUCUUGAGCAUGAUGACCAAGAAAAUACGGGCAUCCCAUUCGAAUUUGCAUUUGCAGUAAGCCCUAAGUAUUGUACAACUGACCGUGAGUUUCGGUGGAAGCAGGCAAAAAUAUCUGUUGCCAGACGAAAUGAACGCCCCCGGAAGAAACAAGUAUCGUUUGUAGCCCAGUAUUCAAGACCAUCGCCUGAGAAGCAGAUUAAUUCGUCCUUGACAGACGGUCUCCGAAAAGUUGAAGUCGGCGAAUUCUGCAGAUUGAUCGGAAGUGAAACCAACAAACAAGUUUACUUCCAUAUCCAUAAUAACAUAAUGAAGGUUGACGACACCGUUCAGAGGAAUCUAUUUCGAGAUUUUCUUCCCCAAGCUGGCAUGCCUCUGGCAGAAUGGCUAGACCAGACUAUACACCUUUCCAAUAGGGUAAAGGUUACGCUAGCAUACACCAUAGCGAGAUCAGUAUGGCAAUACUAUAACUCCUUCUGGAUGGUGAAACCAUGGACACACGAGAAUAUUCAAAUUCUCAAGGAAAAGAUUAGUGAUGGGAACCAUGUCAGGCCACAUCCAUAUUUCACCACGAAGCUGCAGCAAUACAAGGGGGAGGUAUUAGACUAUUGCAUCGCGGACGAUCUCUUUCAUAUGUACCCCAAUAUCCUUGCGUUGGGGGUUGUUCUUGUUGAGAUUGCAGCAAAGGAGUCAUUCAAGCCUGAUAGUUCUCAUUACCUCUGGAAUGAAACCACUAUAAAUGAUUACUACGAAUGGGCUUGGAUGACGGCAAAUCGCAGUGACUUGGGAAACACGAUUGGCGCUGCUUAUAAAGCAGUAGUGAACAACUGUCUCGACGCCGAACUGUUCAGAGACGGCUCCUUCCAUUCGCCAAACACCGAGAAAGAUCUUGAAACGAGGCAGUCGCUUCUCUACGAGAAAAUUGUGCUGCCUCUUCGGCAGCUAUAUCUUGCAUAUAAAGACGACUGGGAGAUUCAAGAGAUUCCCACUGCCGAAACUGGCAUUUCUUCCCAAAAGCAUACCCAUAAUUCCAAACCAACACAUCGUUCUCAAUUUACAGUCGCCAUUUUUUGUGCAUUGCCACUAGAAGCAGAUGCGGUCAGAGAGCUUUUCGAUGAGAUCUGGGGUGAAGGAGAAAACUACGGUAAAGCGGCCAGAGACGCCAAUACCUACACCUUUGGUAAAAUAUUACACCAUAAUGUAGUUCUCGUCCAUAUGGUUGGUAUAGGGAAAGGUGCUGCAUCUCAAGCAUCUUCCAGCAUACUCUCUAGUUAUCCGGAGAUCAAGCUCGGGCUAGUGGUUGGAAUCUGCGGUGGAGUGCCGUCAUAUUCAGAGGGCAACGUCGAUAUCAUACUUGGCGAUGUUGUGAUAAGUGAUGGAAUUGUGCAGUACGAUUUUGGUAGGCAGUUUCCAGACACAUUUUCGACCAGGGAAGGAGUUGUUAGCCGACCUCCUCCAAGUAUUCGGACGAUGUUGGCUAAGCUGAAGGGGGUGCAAGUGCAAGAACGUGUUGAAACAACGAUAUCCAAAAAUUUGAAAUCCUUGCAAGAUAAGUCUGUACCUAACAAAAAGGCUUUUUAUCCGGGGACAGACAAGGAUGAGCUCUAUAAAUCCACGUACCAACACAAGCACCAAGAGCCAGCAGCAUGCAACAUAUGCGGUGCCUGUGAAGGAGGAGGAAGAGGGGCAAGUCCAGUAUGCGAAGAGGCACGAACAAUGACCUGUCAGCAGCUUGGAUGUCGAAAAUAUUCCCUGAUCCCCCGUCGGCGACUACAGGAAGCUUCUGCAGAGAGCUGCGUGCCAAACCCAAAAAUCCACAUCGGUCCUUUCGGAUCCGGGGAUAGGGUCAUGAAGUCCGGCCAGCACCGCGAUGAGAUUGCUGCUCAGCAUAAUCUUAUCGCUUUUGAGAUGGAGGCUUCGGGCGUUUGGGAUAAUCUACCGUGUCUAGUUAUCAAAGGCGUGUGUGAUUACGCUGACAGCCAUAAGAAUAAGCACUGGCAACACUAUGCCGCUGUUACUGCUGCGAUUUGCAUGAAGGCUAUAUUGGGGGAAUGGGUGGUAGGAGGGUAA